AUGACUCUGAAGGUGGCUGCCUUCGUCCUGGUGCUCCUUGCGGUCUCAGGGGCUCGGGCUGAUGUCAACCCAGAUGAGGUGGCCAGUGUGCUCUGGAAGUACUUCACCGAGCUGGGCAGCAAUGCCAAGGAGACGGCGGAGCAGCUGCAGCAAGCUGAGAUCACCAAACAGCUCAACACUCUCCUGGAGAGCAACCUGCGGAGUGUCAACGCCUACGCCGAGGACCUGCAGCGGCGGCUGGUGCCCUUCGCCAAGGAGCUGCAGGCGCAGCUGGCGCAGGACUCGCAGCGGCUGAAGGAGCAGAUCCGGCAGGAGCUGGCGGAGCUGCAGGCCAAGCUGGCGCCCUACGCCGACGAGGUGCACCAGCAGAUUGGCACCAACAUCCGCCAGCUGCAAGCCAAGCUGAGCCCCUAUGCCGAGGAGCUGCGCUCCCAGGUGGACCGUGGCGCCGGGGAGCUGCGGCAGGCGCUCGAGCCCUACGCCACCGAGCUGCGGGACCGGCUGCAGGAGAACACCGAGAGCAUCCAGGCCUCCCUCAGCCCCUACGCCGACCGGCUGCAGCAGCAGAUCGACGGCGGGGUGGAGGGCCUGAAGGAGAAGCUGGCUCCCCUGGCCGACGAGCUGAAGGCACAGGUGGAGCAGAGCGUGCAGGAGCUGCGGCGCGGGCUCAGCCCCUACACCCAGGAGGUGCAGGACGGCCUCAACCGGCAGCUGGAGAGCCUGACGGCACAGAUGGAGCGGGUGACGGAGGAGCUGCGCACCCGCCUGGCUGCCAGCUCGGAGGAGCUGCGGGCCCAGCUCAGCCCGCUGGUCCAGGAGCUGCGGCAGAUAGCCAGCAGUGAUGCGGAGAGCCUGCAGCAGCGGCUGGCCCCGCUGGCCCAGCAGCUGGAGGAGCGCAUGGGGCAGACGGUGGAGGCUUUCCGGCAGCAGGCGGCCCCCUUCGGCCAGGACUUCGGGCGGCAGCUGGUGGAGCGGCUGGAGGAGAUGCGGGGCAAGCUGGACUCGGGCGCUGCUGGCCUGGAGGACCACCUGGAGCUGCUGGAGAAGGAGGUGCGGGAGAAGGUGGCCGCCUUCCUCAGCACUGCCCAGCUGCCAGAGAACUGA